AUGUCUCGAAAUGCUGCCUAUGUGACCCUCCUCACCAGGGAGAAUUACCUUCCGGGUGCUCUGGUUGUUGAUCAUUGCCUAAAGGCUGUACACUCGAAGUACCCCUUCGUCGUAAUGAUCACUCCUGAGCUAUCUCAGCCAGCCAGAGACGUGCUCACGAAACGGGGUAUCACUGUCAGGGAAAUACAGAGCCUACAGCCAUCGAGCGGGUCUCAUACGCUAGCAACUCACGAUGCCAGAUUCGCUGAUACCUGGACAAAGCUGAGAGGAUUUGAACUGGUCGAAUACGACCGCAUCGUCCUGAUGGAUUCUGAUAUGAUCGUCUUGAGAAAUAUGGACGAGCUCAUGGAGCUCGAUCUCCCUCAGGACUCGAUCGCAGCAGCUCACGCAUGCGCCUGCAACCCGCGCAAGCUCGCGCACUAUCCCGCGGACUGGGUGCCCGCGAACUGCGCAUAUACCCCCCUCGUGCAUCCUACUGCGAUCGCCAAUCCGACUGAGAUCACCCCUUCGAGUCCGCGGCCGUACAACCUCCUCAAUUCUGGUCUCGUCGUGCUUAACCCGUCCAAGGAGCUGUCCGCUUCGAUCAUCGACUACCUACACACUUCCCCCUUGGUCCCCACGUUCUCUUUCCCCGAUCAAGAUCUCCUCGCCGCGUUCUUCCACGGCAAAUGGAGGCCCUUGCCCUGGGUUUACAAUGCCUUGAAGACGCUUAGGAUCAUACACAAACCGUUAUGGCGAGACGAGGAGAUACGGUGCUUGCACUACAUCCUGCAUGACAAGCCGUGGCAUGAGAGGAUCGGAGAGGUUGGUACGGGCGGAGAGUACGAGGAGGUUCAUCGGUGGUGGUGGGAUCGAUUCGACACUCUGCUGGCAGAAUUGGGCGAAAGCGACCCAGACGGCCGGAACCUUGUAGCCGCUAAUGUAGCGCCAAUCCUUCCCAACUGA